AACCCUUUCCCAAAGGUAGUAGGCUGAAAGGGGGAAUUCCUCGCGGGCGCCGACUCGCUCGCAUCUCCUGAGAGGCAAGUUUCUUCGCAAGCGUUAGCCACCUGUGUGAGGCGCUCCGGGUGGGAAAGGUGGCGUGGGAGAAGCGACAGCUCGGCCACACCGCUCGGGAGCUUUCCUUAGUGAGGCCGGCCGUCAAAAUACCUCCAGAACUCAGAGCUUUGAUGAUACAGAGUCCCCUAUGCCUUGUACGUCCCUAGGAUCUUAGCCCAACAUUCUCCGGGCUGGUCUGCUCUGGAGUCAGCUGAGGCCUCCCGAGUUUGCCCGGGGUCCUCCCUGUCCCCCCCCUCCCACCUCCCCACCCCCGAAGUAGCGCUCCCGCCUCGCUCCACCCGCACACCCCCGGCGCGCCUCGGAGGCUUAUCAGGCUACCCGCACGCCCCGCAAGCUUCCUUGGGCCCCCGGCGCGAGGGACUCUGAGAGCCCAGCCGCUGCCUCGGAGCCCCCAUUCACGUCCCCUCCUCCCGCUCCCCCGCCACCGCGCCUCCCGGCUCUUCUCCCCCGCGCCGCGGCGCCCACCGCGUCUCAGGUUUAAUCCCGGGUUGGACCUGCUGGUUUGCUCUCCCCGCUCUGAGCCUCACAGCCAGCCCAGAGAAGUGGAAUCUGCACUGAAACUCUGGGUGGCUGGAGCCGGCGGACUGGGCAUGCUCAGAAGCCAGGGCUGGCUUUGGUCUCAAGUAGGAAGCUUUGGCACUCGGGAGGCAGCGGCGACUUUGGGGAAAGUUGAUCGGAGAGGGGAGGAAGCCUCAAGACGCGGAGCAGCGGCAGGAAGGAGCCCCCGGCAGCCCGGAGGAGCAUGGGCACCUUGCGGGAUUUACAGUACGCGCUCCAGGAGAAGAUCGAGGAGCUGAGGCAGCGGGAUGCUCUCAUCGACGAGCUGGAGCUGGAGUUGGAUCAGAAGGACGAACUGAUCCAGAAGCUGCAGAACGAGCUGGACAAGUACCGCUCGGUGAUCCGACCAGCCACCCAGCAGGCGCAGAAGCAGAGCGCGAGCACCUUGCAGGGCGAGCCGCGCACCAAGCGGCAGGCGAUCUCCGCCGAGCCCACCGCCUUCGACAUCCAGGAUCUCAGCCAUGUGACCCUGCCCUUCUACCCCAAGAGCCCACAGUCCAAGGAUCUUAUAAAGGAAGCUAUCCUUGACAAUGACUUUAUGAAGAACUUGGAGCUGUCACAGAUCCAGGAGAUUGUGGAUUGUAUGUACCCGGUGGAGUAUGGCAAGGACAGUUGCAUCAUCAAAGAAGGAGAUGUGGGGUCACUGGUGUAUGUCAUGGAAGAUGGUAAGGUUGAAGUUACAAAAGAAGGUGUGAAGUUGUGUACCAUGGGUCCAGGAAAAGUGUUUGGGGAAUUGGCUAUUCUUUACAACUGUACCCGGACAGCGACCGUCAAGACUCUUGUAAAUGUAAAACUCUGGGCCAUUGAUCGACAAUGUUUUCAAACAAUAAUGAUGAGGACAGGACUCAUCAAGCAUACAGAGUAUAUGGAAUUUUUAAAAAGCGUUCCAACAUUCCAGAGCCUUCCUGAAGAGAUCCUCAGCAAGCUCGCUGAUGUCCUUGAAGAGACCCACUAUGAAAAUGGAGAAUAUAUUAUCAGGCAAGGUGCAAGAGGGGACACCUUCUUUAUCAUCAGCAAAGGAACGGUAAAUGUCACUCGUGAAGACUCACCAAGUGAAGACCCAGUCUUUCUUAGAACUUUAGGAAAAGGAGACUGGUUUGGAGAGAAAGCCUUGCAGGGGGAAGAUGUGAGAACAGCAAACGUAAUUGCUGCAGAAGCUGUAACCUGCCUUGUGAUUGACAGAGACUCUUUCAAACAUUUGAUUGGAGGGCUGGAUGAUGUUUCAAAUAAAGCCUAUGAAGAUGCAGAAGCUAAAGCAAAAUAUGAAGCUGAAGCGGCUUUCUUCGCCAACCUGAAGCUGUCUGAUUUCAACAUCAUUGAUACCCUUGGAGUUGGAGGUUUCGGACGAGUAGAACUGGUCCAGUUGAAAAGUGAAGAAUCCAAAACGUUUGCAAUGAAGAUUCUCAAGAAACGUCACAUUGUGGACACAAGACAGCAGGAGCACAUCCGCUCAGAGAAGCAGAUCAUGCAGGGGGCUCAUUCCGAUUUCAUAGUGAGACUGUACAGAACAUUUAAGGACAGCAAAUAUUUGUAUAUGUUGAUGGAAGCUUGUCUAGGUGGAGAGCUCUGGACCAUUCUCAGGGAUAGAGGUUCGUUUGAAGAUUCUACAACCAGAUUUUACACAGCAUGUGUGGUAGAAGCUUUUGCCUAUCUGCAUUCCAAAGGAAUCAUUUACAGGGACCUCAAGCCAGAAAAUCUCAUCCUAGAUCACCGAGGUUAUGCCAAACUGGUUGAUUUUGGCUUUGCAAAGAAAAUAGGAUUUGGAAAGAAAACAUGGACUUUUUGUGGGACUCCAGAGUAUGUAGCCCCAGAGAUCAUCCUGAACAAAGGCCAUGACAUUUCAGCCGACUACUGGUCACUGGGAAUCCUAAUGUAUGAACUCCUGACUGGCAGCCCACCUUUCUCAGGCCCAGAUCCUAUGAAAACCUAUAACAUCAUAUUGAGGGGGAUUGACAUGAUAGAAUUUCCAAAGAAGAUUGCCAAAAAUGCUGCUAAUUUAAUUAAAAAACUAUGCAGGGACAAUCCAUCAGAAAGAUUAGGGAAUUUGAAAAAUGGAGUAAAAGACAUUCAAAAGCACAAAUGGUUUGAGGGCUUUAACUGGGAAGGCUUAAGAAAAGGUACCUUGACACCUCCUAUAAUACCAAGUGUUGCAUCACCCACAGACACAAGUAAUUUUGACAGUUUCCCUGAGGACAACGAUGAACCACCACCUGAUGACAACUCAGGAUGGGAUAUAGACUUCUAAUGUAUUUCUCUUACCUGCUUCUGCCUUGCUGAAGACAGCUUUUUCUGAGACACAGCUGCCAGCAAACCUGAGGGAAAGAGAGAAGAUUAGUGCUCGGGGUCACCAUGAUGCCUUUGAUCGAUGCUGCUCCAGUAACUACAGUGGCAUUAGGACUUAUUGCUUAGAUGACAGUAGUGCUCUUUACAUGUUUUCUGUUUGAACCUAAAAUAGCAGUUGACAUGGUGGUCCUGAAGCAAAGCCUUUCACCAGUAAAGAGAUGUUUUCUAUUGUUGCAAUGACCUUGCUUUGCUCUGAUUAUAAUUUGAAAGACUGUAGGAAACACUUCAAUCUAGUAUAAGAGUCUGUACCUUGCUAGAAUAUUCAAGAAGAUGAAAGAAUAAUAUAUUGGGUACAAUAGAUUACUAUGGUACAGAAACUGGGCUAUUCCCUUUCUUCAAGUGAAGGUUGUGGGAUCUAUUACUGCAGGCCGGUGUAUAUACCAUACAAAAGAGGACCACACAUCUGUUGGUCACAGAGUUCAUGUCACACCAGUGCUAGAAGUUUCAUGAUUUUAUUUCCCAGCAGUGCUGAUGACAAGACUGAAUGUUACCUUUUCUUUCUGACAGAUUUUAAAAAUUGAUAUGAUAAAAGCACAACUGCUAUAGAUUCUGCUGAGACCUCUCAUAGUAGGUAUAUAUGAGUUUUCACAGAAGACUGAAAAAUAAUGCAUGAUAUUUGUUUGUUUUUUUUUGAUAAAUUGGCAUGACAGAGUGGGAAAAAAAAGCAAUUCACAAAACCAUUUCAUAUUUUUUAAAAUAUUGUGCUUAAAGAUGGUCCUGGAAGUAAAUGACUAGCAGCCAAUUGGUUUUACCUAACAUACCCUCAAACUGAGGCUUAAAGUAUUCCCUUUUAUAAAAAUAAAUGCUUGGGGUAGGGUGGAGUGGGGAGGGAUUAAAACCCAUCCAAAAAAUAAAUAAAAACUAUAUAGGUGCUAUGUAUAUCUUUCAUCUGUAAAUGUCAGUGUCUGAACAGACAACACAAAUUCAAAUCAUUAUAUGUGUAGCCAGAAACUCAAGCAUUUUCACUAAAGUUAUUAAACCAAACUCCUGUCCAAUUUCACUUAUACAACAUAGUCAGUCUAGAGUUGAGAGACAAAGGUGAUUAUAAACCUAUUUGAACUAGCUUCUUGUCUUAGGCCUGAACCAAAAAACAACAAACAAACAAAAAAACAAGAAUGAAAAACAGAAAUAAAAGAAGUAGAAAAGACAAAGAAAGCCCAAAGUCAAAGUUGUUAAUAUUUACAGGUUUACCAGAUCUGGAACAUUACUUAUUUGAGGUCAGAGAACAAAACAAGAACCUGGCCAGAUGUUGAUUACCUUUUUGUGAAUAAGCUGAGUCCAUAUACUUGUCUAACUAAGAAAGCAGUACAGAGGAAAACAGGAACCUGAUUUUUUUAAAAAUAAAUUUUAAAUAAAAUAGAAUUACUACAGUUCUGCAAUUUCAUACUACCUAAAAAAGACUAGAUUUGAAAAUGUCAAGCUGAUUUACUUUAUUCACCUGGAGAAAAGAAUCCACAAAUUAAACUGAGUCCUUCACUGGCAGGCCAGUUGACUAUUAUUAGCUGUCAUAAGUAACUCAGCCAUUUGGAAUCAUUUCCUGGACAAAAUUACAUUAUACCUAUGAAGAAAAAUAUAGAAGCUUUCAAGCUGUCAUUCUGUUUUGGCCCUGUGUGUGAAUUUGGUAUAUUAAAUUGACGCUUGCUUUUUUUUUCAGUAGAGUUUUCUUUUUAAUCAAUCAAACGUCUACAUUUCUGGAAGAAAAAGUCCAAUUAGAUCAUUACACCUUAACUAAGAAGGCAAAUAUUAUAAAUUUUGCUUGAAUUGUUCUUACUCAAAACUACUUUAGAAUAUGGUAUCUUAUGAAAAUAUAAUAUUCUUAAAAUUUGGGGGGAUAAAAUGAAAAGGGUAUAAACUUCAGUUAAAACUUUAAUCCUAAAAUAUUGUUAUUCUUGUAUUUUUGGAGUUUUCCCUCCCUUACAAUUUCUCCCAAUUGGUCUAUUCCCCAAGAUAUCCACUGUUUUCUACAGAUUUUAGAAUAUAAAAUUAAACAUAUCAACCUAAAAUCUAGCUAUGAAUGUUAUUUCAAGAGUUUUAUAUUUUUAAUUGGCUUUUUAAAAAUAUGUAAUUCCAAUAUUAUAGUGAAUGUUCAGUAAUUUUUGUUGAAAGAUAAUGUGGUUUAGGCUUGCUAAAGAAAGACUUGCUAGAAUACUAAAUUUACCUUGUUAUUUGGGAAGAGAAUCUGCUCCUAUAACGUUUUAAAAAUCCCCAAAGUCCCAGAGAUUAGCACUUGCUGUGGAUUUUGGAACUAUGGUUCAAGUCUAAGACAACCAAUAUGAAUAAGUUCAAUGGAGAAGGAAGAAGUAGCAUUCAGCACAAGAAACUGUAGAUUGUUUCUCCCACUUGUUACUGCAUCUUUGUUCAUUUCACCCAUAGCAUUGCAUUUGAUGUCUGAAGUAAUCACCACAAAAUAAAGGUAAACUACAUCUUCCAAGAUGUACCAACAGAAAACAUUCGUCUAAUUUUGUCAACAUUGAAUUUUUAGGAUUUAAAUCUUGUCUUAAUGAAGACUCUAGGGCUAAAAUUCAUGGUCAGUUCCAUAAAAUGCAUCUCACUUUAUUUCUGAAUUUUUCACAACCCCUCUAUUUUCUUACGUUAAAGAACAUCUGGAUAAGUUAGAAUAGUGCCAACUUGUUUGAUUUGUUAUAUGAUUUUCUUGUUAAUGUGUUGAGUAUGGGAAAUAAGGGCUUUCUGUGUGUCUUGACUCACAGGAAAACUGAAACUGCCAAGGGAAGCAACAUUAAAACAACUGAGAUAGAUUGAAUACAUUUGAAAAAAUAAUUUCUGGAAAAAUGCUAUACAUGCUUUUUAUGUUUAUAUCUUCUUUCUUAUUAAGACAUGAAUCAGAUCCAUGUGGCAUUCAAAACAAAUUUAUUUUGAUUAUAUUCUUUACAAGUCAUAAUUUUUACCUAAAAUUGUGGAAUAUGCAUGUGAAUUACACAUGUGUAGUAAUAAACUCAACUAUUGAAUUUUUCCUGUUUCAUUUCUAAAUGACUGAACUGAUGGUAAACAAAUUUAAUGAAGUCAGCUACCAUGUUGAAAAUAAGGAUAUUAGAACUGAUUUCAUACAAUAGAGGUGAUCUGUGCAUUAUCCAUAACAACGUUUUCUUUCACUAUAGGACCACAGACAAAUAUUUAUGUAAAUAGGUAUUUUUGUGUGAUAUUUUGUGGUACAUAUAACUUUUUUUUAGUGUUUCACAGCAUUAUUAUUUCAUUUGAUUUGUAUUGAAUAAUGUUUUUAGGUCCAAGUAGACUUGAAUUAAUGUCAUAAUUGUCAGUAUUAUUGAAAAUUAUGUCAACUGUACUGUUAUUCAUCUGUCCCGUAGUUUAGAACAUGACCUGGCUAUCUGGCAUUGUUGCAAGUGCCUUAAAUUCAUGGCAUCCUAUUAAAAAAACAAAUUUGGUGUUAUGCUGCAUGACAAAGACAAACACACCUCAAAAUGUUGUCCUUUCUUAGCUUGCUGCGUUUUACAGUUCUUUCUGCUAACAAUUUAUAAGCCUUUACUAUAUAAUAUUGAUGAAUUACAGAAAUGAUGAAGUUGUUCUCUUAUUUCUGUUAAAUGUACCAGAGCUGUGUAUCUGUUGAUGAGAUACAGCGUCAUUUCUGUGAAAUGUAUAAAUGUAUGUGCAGGUCAAAUUAAUAUAUGACAUUCUAUCAGUCUGUAUACAGGUAUUCCUGUUUUGCUAAGCUGUGCAGAUUCUGUAAAAAUAAAUUAGUGCAGUCAAGUUCUAACAUAUCUCAUUUUAUAGACUCCAUUGACAAUGGUCCAACCGAAAAAGAAAAAUUGGAAAUGACUGCUAACCACACCUCGUUAUGAAACCAAUGAUGAAAAAGUCACUUGGUGCACCUCUCAACAAAACAGGAUGCUUUCUCUGAGUUCUUGUAUAUGCAAAUCAUUUACGAGGCAAGUUUUCAACAGACCUAGAAAGCAAAACAUUGAAAGUGUGUUGUUAGUCCUCCUCUCUGCCCCUGCAUCAACAGACAGAGCUCUGGGACCUCGGCAAUGACUCAGAGGUUGGGGCUUUCUGAGCAAAGGGACAUUUCUUUAAGCAUCAUCUAUCAAAUUUAUUUCAAUGUAUGAUGUUUUUACAACCGGUCAGUUCUUUUGUAUUCUUACAGCUAUGGUUAUUUGAUUGUCCUCUUACAAUUUGUUCUACAUGAAAGAGUUCUUUGUUAGUCAGAAUGCAACAAACUGUCAUCAAAUGGUCAUUGACCACUUGCACUCUUUUGAUGUAGAUUAAAAACUUUUUCAUAAAUUUACCUGCUUUGAUUUGCUCUGUAUUUUUCCUGCAGCUGUAAUUGCUGAGUGCCUGUUGUAUACUUUAUAGAGUUGAAAUAAAAAAAUAAUUACUUUUGAA